GUCGGGGUCCCGCCCCCAGGAGCCACGGCCCAGCUGCGCGGCUCGGAGCUGCGUCCCGGGGACUUGGGGCCGCAGGGAGGCUUGUGGGCCGUGAGCACAAGGGAGUCGCCCCCCUGCCUGACGGAGCUGCCUGUCCAUCUUUCCGUCUGUCUCUGCCUGCGCCCACCUCUCCACACAGCAGAAGCCUGACCCUGGAGCCUCUGUGCACGCGGGGAAAGGCCUGGAGCAUGCGCUGAAGACCCGCGGCAGACGGAGAGAGCUGCGAGCCGAGCCCAGACACUGGAGCCGUCCUGCCCCCCGCCCGCCAUGGCCUCUGCAGACAAGAAUGGCGAGAGCGUCUCCUCUGUGUCCAGCAGCCGCCUGCAGAGCCGGAAGCCGCCCAACCUGUCCAUCACCAUCCCGCCGCUCGAGACCCCGGCCCCCGAUGAGCAGACCAGCAUGCUGCCCCUGCGGCCCAGGAACCCAGCCUACCUGAAGAGCGUCAGCCUCCAGGAGCCGCGGGGGCGAUGGCAGGAGGGCUCCGAGAAGCGGCCGGGCUUCCGCCGCCAGGCCUCCCUGUCUCAGAGCAUCCGCAAGGGCACCGCGCAGUGGUUCGGGGUCAGCGGCGACUGGGAGCUGGCGCGGCAACACUGGCAGCGCAGGAGCCUGCACCACUGCAGCGUGCGCUACGGCCGCCUGAAGCCCUCGUGCCAGCGCGAGCUGGAGCUCCCCAGCCAGGACACGCCUUCCUUCCAGGGCACGGAGUCGCCAAAGUCCUGCAAGAUGCCCAAGAUCGUGGACCCGCUGGCCCGAGGCCGGGCAUUCCGCCACCCUGACGAGGUGGACCGGCCCCACGCCCCGCACCCACCGCUGACACCAGGGGUCCUAUCCCUCACCUCCUUCACCAGCGUCCGCUCCGGCCACUCCCACCUGCCCCGCAGGAAGAGGAUAUCUGUGGCCCACAUGAGCCUCCAAGCGGCCUCCGCCCUCCUCAAGGGGCGCUCAGUGCUGGACGCCGCUGGACAGCAGUGCCGGGUGGUCAAACGCAGCUUCGCCUACCCCAGCUUCCUGGAGGAGGACGCGGUCGAUGGGGCGGACACCUUUGACUCCUCGUUUUUUAGUAAGGAAGAGAUGAGCUCCAUGCCCGACGAUGUGUUUGAGUCUCCCCCGCUCUCCGCCAGAUACUUCCGGGCGGUCCCCCGCUCAGCCUCACCUGUCUCCCCCGGCGGGGUGCAGGUCUCGCUGAAGGAGCACGGCCACGCUCCCGUGCCUGCGGCCAAGCGCGGCAAGCGCAUCGCCUCCAAGGUGAAGCACUUUGCCUUCGACCGGCAGAAGCGGCAUUACGGCCUGGGCGUGGUGGGCAACUGGCUGAACCGCAGCUACCGCCGCAGCAUCAGCAGCACGGUGCAGCGGCAGCUGGAGAGCUUCGACAGCCACCGGCCCUACUUCACCUAUUGGCUGACGUUCGUGCACAUCGUCAUCACGCUGCUGGUGAUCUGCACGUACGGCAUCGCGCCUGUGGGCUUUGCUCAGCACGUCACCACCCAGCUGGUGCUCAGGAACAAAGGUGUGUACGAGAGCGUGAAGUACCUCCAGCAGGAGAACUUCUGGAUCGGCCCCAGCUCGAUCGACCUGAUCCACCUGGGAGCCAAGUUCUCGCCCUGCAUCCGGAAGGAUGAGCAGAUCGAGCAGCUGGUGUCGCGGGAGCGAGACCUGGAGCGGGACUCGGGCUGCUGCGUCCAGAAUGACCACUCGGGCUGCAUCCAGACCCAGCGGAAGGACUGCUCGGAAACUUUGGCUACUUUUGUCAAGUGGCAGGAUGACACGGGGCCCCCCAUGGACAAGUCCGACGUGGACCUGAAGCGGACGUCAGGAGCCGUGUGCCACCAGGACCCCAGAACCUGCGAGGAGCCAGCCUCCAGCGGUCCCCACAUCUGGCCUGAUGACAUUACCAAGUGGCCAAUCUGCACGGAGCAGGCCCGCAGCAACCGCACGGGCUUCCUGCACAUGGACUGCCAGAUCAAAGGCCGCCCCUGCUGCAUCGGCACCAAGGGCAGCUGCGAGAUCACCACGCGGGAGUACUGCGAGUUCAUGCACGGCUACUUCCACGAGGAGGCGACGCUCUGCUCCCAGGUGCACUGCCUGGACGAGGUGUGCGGGCUGCUGCCCUUCCUCAACCCCGAGGUCCCGGAUCAGUUCUACAGGCUCUGGCUGUCUCUGUUCCUCCAUGCUGGCCUGGUGCACUGCGUCGUGUCGGUGGUCUUCCAAAUGACCAUCUUGCGGGACCUGGAGAAGCUGGCCGGCUGGCACCGCAUCUCCAUCAUCUUCAUCCUCAGUGGCAUCACCGGCAACCUCGCCAGCGCCAUCUUCCUCCCCUACCGGGCCGAGGUGGGCCCGGCGGGGUCCCAGUUCGGCCUCCUCGCCUGCCUCUUCGUGGAGCUCUUCCAGAGCUGGCAGCUGCUGGAGCGGCCCUGGAAGGCCCUGCUGAACCUGGCGGCCAUCACGCUGUUCCUGUUCGUGUGCGGCCUGCUGCCCUGGAUCGACAACAUCGCCCACAUCUUCGGCUUCCUCAGCGGCCUGCUGCUGGCCUUCGCCUUCCUGCCCUACAUCACCUUCGGCACCAGCGACAAGUACCGCAAGCGCGCCCUCAUCCUGGUGUCGCUGCUGGUCUUCGCCGGCCUCUUCGCCUCGCUGGUCAUCUGGCUCUACGUCUACCCCAUCCACUGGCCCUGGAUCGAGUACCUCACCUGCUUCCCCUUCACCAGCCGCUUCUGCGAGAAAUACGAGCUGGACCAGGUGCUGCACUGACCCCCGGCCCGCCAAGGACACGGACUGCCUGGGACGGGCUGCCCCACACACACUCCAGCUGCCCAUCCAAGGACACGGGCCCCGGUCCCCGGUCCAGAGACAGUCACCAAGGCGGGUUCCUUGGGGGGACUGAGAUCCCCCCACCCCCUCGUGAGCUCCUGGCCCUGGCUGGGGAGCGCUCCGAGCACCCACCUCUCUGCAGCUCAGGGCUCAGCCCGACUUGCCCUGCUGUCGGGACCACCUCCUGGGGGUGGGUUUCUUUCUUCCCAGGGUCCUCAGGAUGCUGCCCCCUCCCACCCCAGCCUCUGCACUGGGGACAUGGCCCGGCACCCCACCAGGUUCCCCUCGCCCCGUUUCUCCUCCCCUCUCCGCCCUACAGGCAGGUCACCAGUGGCCUGCUAGGUCUGCCCUAGGGUGCCAGACGCUGUGGGAGACACGUUGGCUGUGGUCUGGGGUGGGGUGCGCAGGGAGGGACGCUGUUCCCCAUCUGUAGCCAGCCCAGGCUGUGCCCCGCCCCCUGCCCCACCCAGUCAGUGUUCUGCUCUAUCGGGCUGGCUCAGGCCACAGCCAGCCCCACACCCUUUGCCUUACUGACCCCAGGUUGGGGUGGGUGCUGGGCCACCCCAAGGAUCCACUCCCAGGGGUGGCCGAAGGCUCACUCAGGCUCGUUUUAUACUGGUUUAUAUUAUGGUCCUAAUUUUUAAAAGGAACGCUAACUUUGUAUGGAUGACGUCUCAAAUGAAUUAAAUGAUAUUCUCUAGGGA